AUGGCCUCUUCGACGAACCGCUUGAGAUCCCUUUACUCCUCUACCUCCAGAGCUGUAUCCCACCCAGGAACAGUCGCCCCAAUUACGGUCCGCAGCUAUGCCACGACCGACCCUGCGCCAUCCGCCACCGGCGCCCCGGGCACGACGCCGCGUCGCCGAACCACCUUCAAGGAUAAGCUGAAUGCUGGUCCUUCGUUCUCAGACUUCGUUUCCGGCGGCGCCGACAAUGCUCCUCUCGAUCCCUCCGAAGCCUACGCCCUCAAAACCGCCAUGGUCGGACCCGCCGGCCGCAAGAAGGAAAUGACCCGCCUGCCGUCCUGGCUGAAAACACCCAUUCCCGACUCCAAGAACUACCAGCGCCUGAAGAAGGACCUGCGCGGUCUCAAUCUCCACACUGUUUGCGAGGAGGCCCGCUGUCCUAACAUCUCCGACUGCUGGGGCGGCAGCGACAAGUCCGCCGCUACCGCCACUAUCAUGCUCAUGGGUGAUACCUGCACCCGUGGCUGCCGCUUCUGUAGCGUCAAGACCAACCGCAAUCCGGCGCCGUUGGACCCCCACGAGCCCGAGAACACCGCCGAGGCUAUCUCGCGCUGGGGCUUGGGUUAUAUUGUCAUGACUAGCGUCGACCGAGACGACCUCGCGGACGGCGGUGCUCGCCACUUCGCCGAGACGGUGAUCCGCACCAAGCAGAAGGCGCCGAGCAUCCUCGUCGAGUGUCUGACUGGUGACUAUAGCGGUGAUCUGGAUAUGGUGGGCUUGGUCGCGAGGUCCGGGCUGGACGUGUACGCACACAACGUCGAGACGGUGGAGGCUCUGACGCCGCAGGUUCGGGACCGGAGGGCCACUUUCCAGCAGUCGAUUCGCGUGCUGGACGCUGCCAAGAAGGCCCAGCCAGGCUUGAUCACCAAGACCUCGUUGAUGCUGGGAUUGGGCGAGACGGAGGACCAGCUGUGGGAUGCGCUGCGGCAGCUGCGCGCCGUGAACGUCGACGUCGUGACUUUCGGCCAGUACAUGCGUCCCACGAAGCGUCAUAUGGCGGUGCAUGAGUACGUUACGCCGGAUGCGUUCGAGAUGUGGCGCCAGCGUGCUCUCGAUAUGGGCUUCCUAUACUGUGCGUCGGGUCCGUUGGUCCGCAGCAGCUACAAGGCCGGUGAGGCGUUCAUUGAGAACGUCUUGAAGAAGCGACGUGCUGCCGCUGCCGCUGGAGCGCCGGGGGAGCAGACAGUCAGCAGCGAUACGAAAACUGCCGUCGAUGAGGCAACGCGCUGA